AUGGAAAAGAAUAUGUCGGCGUUGGUCAACGAAAUAGGACGUAUGAAUCUUGAGAAAAUGUCCAGAGAGUGGGCAAAAAAAUUGAAAGAUGCAGUGCAAGAGGGAAUCAAUCUUCGGGAAAAGCAGGCUGAGUGCCAGAAUGAAAUUUUCAACAUCAAGGAACACAUGGAGAUACUUGAUGAGAAAAUCUUUGUAUUGAGAGAAUACGAGGUUGAAACGAUCGAGAAACUCGAACAGAUAAAUGCAUGGCUCAAGGAGGAGACAACAUUUGCCACAGGAAUUCAGCAAAGCGAAAUGGCUGAGAAUAGGAUCAACUUUGAGAAGAUGAUAUGUGAGAUGAUGCGAGCGGAGAUCACCUGUGACAAUGACAAUUUCCAGAAAAAGUUGACAUUUAUCAAGGAUAAUGGCAUGACGACGCAACUACACAAAUACACCAAGAUGCUGCUGCUAAUCGGUUUCCUUAACAAAAGCGACAGAAAUUCAUACGUUGAAUCAAUUAAAAAACUCGACGCGGAGAGAAGAGCAGAGUGGCUCGCAGUAUCGCCAAUUCUGAUCGCUGCAAGAUACGGAGACAAAAUGAUGUGUGAAUGGCUGCUUGAAACGGAUUUAUUCGACGUCCACGCCCGAAACUCAAAAAACCAGUCUGCCUUGCACUUGUCAGUGGAAAACAUUGACCACGCAGUAGAGCUGGUUCCCUACUUCGUUUCCCUUGGUCUGGACCUUAAUGCAAGAAGUUUUUCGGAGAAAACACCGCUACAUUACGCCCUGAAAAAUAAAAGACUGGAUAUCGCGGAGGUGCUUGUUCAAUCGGGAGCGGAUUUGAAGGUCAAAAUAGAGCAGGAAAACUUGCUGCACUUUUGCACCUACAGAGAUGCCUUGGAAAGCGCCAAAUUUACCGUCAAAAGGGACCCGGAUCAGCUCAAUGAACGUGCCUGCGGAGGAAUGACCGCGCUCCACAUCGCAGUGCAGUGGGCAAGCAGGGAAUUCGUCAAGUGGCUCGUAGAUGCAGGCAUCGACAAGUUCGCCAAGACCAGCGACGGGAAGUUGGCAUCCAAUCUUGUCCAGCCGUAUCUGUUCCAGAAUCAGGGCGGAAAGGUCAAACAAAACCAAGUUCAAGCGUUGGCCACACUUCUGCCGCAAACUCCGAGAAUCCAGAGGAAAAGGAUGAGCUAG